AUGGCGAAUUCAUUGAGUGAGAAAAAAAUUCGAGAAGGGCUUUUACUUUUGAAAGAAGCCGAUAAAUGGUGAGUUGUUGUGGAAAUUUAUUCAUAUCGUUGCACUUAUAAAGCUUUUAGUCUCUUUUCAGUUAACUUUACUGAUAUAAUAUGUUUAAAUAAAGGUUUAAAUUUUUAUUUGCAAAAUUAAAAUUCUUUUUGUAUUAAAUAUGGGUUUCGGGUUUCCAUGUUGUUUCUUUCUCAUUGUACAGUCUUCAAACGAGCUGGUUGAAGUGGAAACCUGACUAUGACAAUGCUGCAGAUAAAUUUAUGAAAGCUGGUGAGUAUAAUAUUUGCAAAAACUUCCAAUUGCAAACCUUAUUAGAAAAGGUCACUGUUGGUUUGGUUGAAGUUGAACCAUUUAUAUUAUUAUUUUUUGUCCAGGUACCGCAUUUAAAGUUGGCAAAUCUUAUAAUCAAGCAAAAGAUGCAUUUCUAAAGGCUGCUGAUGCACAUGCAAAAAAUCAUUCGUAUCUUUUUAUCUUCAAAUGAGAGAAAGUGUUAAAAUAGCACCUAUUAUUGAUAGGCUGUUGCUGUAUUGAAAAACUACCCAAUAUUACUGAUUUUCAAUACUGAAAAUACCAAACGUAAAUCGAUAUCUUCUGUAUAUCAAUAUUUGUAAAUAUAAUUAAAAGAUAUUUAUCAAUACAUCCAUAUGCUGCAGCAUCAUAACAGCAUUCUGUUUCUUAGCAUCAUAUAUUUUCAAAAGGUGUAUCAUGUACUGUUAAUUAGUUUGUAAUACAUGUUAUGAUCUCCUUAAUUCAUGAUGUGUCACAGAUUAUUUCAUUCUGGAAAGUAAGUGUAUAUCACAUACAAUGAAAUCAUCUUCCCAAUUUUGCAUUGACUUGGAUCUUUGAUUAACUUUUCACAUGUUUAGAGCUCUAGAGCAAGCAGGUGCCAUGCUGAAAGAAAUGAAAAAGUUGGAUGAAGCAGCAGAACUCAUGCAAAGAGCCGGGUCAUUGUAUCAAGAACAUGGCACUCCAGAUACUGCUGCACUGGUUCUAAUUAAAGCUGCCAAGUAUGCUCAUUAAAGAAAUGUUCAUCAACUCACAAAUCUGUGUUUACUUAUUACUCUGUAUAAUUAUCUACUUUCUAUUUAUUCAGAAUGUGCGAGGGAACAAAUACUAAGAAAGCAAUAGAGCUUUACCAAUCAGCUGGAGAAUUAAGAGAGGUACAUGUACAGUAUUUAAUCCUUUGCAAUAAGUGCUCACACAUUCUGUUAACCCUUUAAGUGGCAAUGCACCCAACUUGAGUAUUUUACUCUGUCUAAUGCCAGAUUACUUUACUAGUCAAGGGGAGAGUGCUGCCACUCAAUGGGUUAACAAUCUUGUACCCAGGGUGUUUGUUUUUGUGACUCCAAGUGCAGAUGUCCUGGGUGUGAGGUUGGGUAUUUAAGGAUCAAGAACCUUUUUUUAUUUGAAAAUUACCUAAGUCUUACAAGGAUUUUUACAAAAAUAUGCAAUGAAAUAUGAUUUAGAUGGAUGAUAAACUCCGGGAAGCUGCAGAACCUUAUGCCAAAGUCACACAACUUUUUAUAAAACUACAGAAGUAAGAAAUGUUAAUACAUUGAUACAUAUUGUAUAAGGAAGAAUGUUUUCAUGAAUCAAUGGUCUUUAUCCUCUGUUAUUCUAUAGAUUUGAAGAUGUUGUGAAAUCUCUGCUCAAACAACUGGAACUGUAUGCAAGGAUUGGGAACACAGCUAUGCAAUAUAAGGUAUGUUAUACAUACAGAAUUACUGGGUUUUAAGCUGUGUACGAAAUGAUACUGUAAACAUUAUUAAACCUUGUUCUUAUCUAGGUCAUUCUUGGACUUACAGUUGUGCAUCUUGCUCAAAGUGAUUACGUUGCUGCAGACAAGUGUUUUAAAGAUGCUUUUGAGUAAGUUGAGAAUCACUUGCUGGCUCUGCUCAAACAGGGAUGAGAGUUAAGACAGUUUGCAUGAGAGUUUUCUCAUGUGCUGGUCAAGCAAGAGUUGAUGAGAGUUGACUGGAUAUUACUGCUCAAAUGAGUAAAAUCUCCACCAAUUUUCAUUAAAAUUUGAACCAGUUCAAAGUCAAUGAGAGUUAAUGGGAGCUGGCGUCAGGCCUCGAAUUUCCCUGAAAUCAAUCGACGGCAAUGGCGUUAAAAAUUGCCGUAGAACAUAACAGCUGUCUACGGCAAUUUUGGCAUUUUCCACGGCAUUUUUUCAAAUUAGUGUUAUAAAACUUUAAUUUUAUUGUUAUACUUUGGAUUGUUGACAAGCUAGAGACAUGUUUACGUAUUUCUUUAGUGUUUUUUUUUUCUUUCUCGAAGAAACGAGACUAAAAUAAUAAUUUACGCAUGAUAUGAUCAACAUCUGAAUUCAAGUAUCAAAGUAGUAAUGCACAGUGAAUAGUAUAAAAAUUACACUAUACGGCAAAAAAUUGCCGUCGUUGCUGCAAUGAUCCGCGGCAUUUUGUUCUUCCUCUACGGCAACUGCUGCGAUAAAAUUCAAGGCCCUGGUCGGCGUCAAACACAAAUAAGAACUCAAUCUCGUCAAAUCUCAUCCUCGUUUGACUGCAGGGUGUAGCAAGGGCUGAUAAUUCCCGCAACUAGCCUACAACAUAGCUCAGCAACAGUACAGUCAGCACCCCUGGUCAGAACUGCCACUAAACUGCGAGUACACAACAAGUGUUACCAGAGAAGAAAACUAAACUUGCUGUGUUUGGUAGACUCUGAUUGAAAGCACUCUUCUCAGCUACAUAUUGCAGGAUACAUCUAGUAUCACUAAAAACAUGAUCUGCCGAUCAUAGGGUAGGAGGAUUUGGGACCUCAGACGAGGCUGAAGCCAUUGAAGAACUACUUCAAGCUUACGAUCAAAGUGACGCAGAUCAAAUCAAAACCAUUGUAACGAAACCGUUAUUUCGAAAUCUCGACAACGAGGUAUGUGACAGCCUUUUAUAUUAUGCUCUUGUUAUCUGCGUAACGUUGAACCUCGAACCCAGUAGCACGCAACGCAAGCCAGCACUAUUUGUGUUAUGUACAACGAAUAAACAGCAUACGGUAUAACCACAGUUAAGCCUGGGCAAACUAGGAAACAUUGUUGCGGAAACAUUGUUUCCUACCAAUGUUUCGCCAUGUUUCCAAGAGUGGACAAACACUAGGAAACAUUAGUGAGAAACAUAGGGAAGUACAUCAAAUGUUUCUGAAUUCGCUAGGAAACAUUUUUGCUUAUCGGGAAUGUUUCCACGGGUGGGCAAACAGGGAAACAUUUGAGGAAACAUCGAGAAUCACAAAUGUUUCCACAACAAUGUUUCCUAGUUUGCCCAGGGCUUUAGUCUUGCAAAAUUUGACCAGCUCCAGUCCUUGAUGUCCUGCAUGACUGCUACAAAAUGCUUGCAUGGUAACAUGGUGGUACACCAGUCGACACAAUCACAGUGAGGAUACCUCUCACCAAACUGCACCUACAUAAUGCAUUUUAUGCAUUUUGUUGGUUUUGCCGCUCACGGUUGCCAGAUAAUUUUGAUACUGCAUGAUCUAACGUGCAAAUAGGUAUUUUUGCUGAUGCACAAUGGCGCUCUCAAAUAACCCUGAUAUUGAAGCAGUCCAGUAUUAUUUCAGCUCAGUAAGUUGGCAAGAGAUUUGAAACCAUCCGAUGAAUUUAACAUCAGUGAACAACACACAGAACUCAGACUUCUGUCGAGCGAUAUCGCUAGGUUAAACGUUGAUGAAACAAAAGCGGCUGGUGAUAAGAAACAUAAAACUAGUGAACCACCCCCCAGGCAAAGACUUGAAUUUGAUGAAGAUGAGGAGAAUCCUUUGGGUAGUGAUGAAAAUGCAGGGGGGUUAGAGACAGCGCAGGGUUCGGAAACAUUAAAUGAAAAACCAAACGAAGUUCCUACGACACAUGACGAAGUUGGUACGACAUAUGACGAUGUUAGUACGACACAUGACGAGGUUAGUACGACACAUGACGAAGUUGGUACGACAAGUGACGAACACUCUCCGAGUUAUGUGGGAGUUGAGAACAAUGGGGAGUCUGAAAGUAAGGAGAAUGUUACAGAGGAGGGGCCUGGUGACGAGGAUGAUGAUUUUGAAGGUGGAUUGUGUUGA